CGGUACUGUACUGUUGGUUGUUUAGUGUGUGAAAAUACUCGUGAGAAGACAUGUUAUAGCGAUUGGGGAUAAAGAUUCUGAAAUUUGUCUAUCAAGGAAAUUACUACUAAGAAUAAGUUUUUUUUUAAGUGUACAGUAAAAGAUUGCUGAGGAAGGAGCAUGGUAGAUAAUGAAAAAUCCAAAGCUUCAAAAUCUUUCCUCCAGAUUACAAACAUGUUGUAACUUCACAACCUGCUAAUGAUAAUGUCUGAAGACAGUGGUUAUGACAAAUUUGAGUUAGUGAAAAAGGGUAUUGCAGGAGGAGAAUGCAUCUUAUUUGUUGAUGAUGAAGAGAGUGAAGAAGAGAUACUAUUCAUCAAUUCUGAUAAGUGCUCAGUUCCUUGUCAGACAGACCCAGCUUUCUUUGCAGUACCCACCUGCCCCUCUGUAAUCAAUAUUCCUAUUUUAUUUUGUGCUCAACCAACACCCACCUCAGCAACUACACAAUGCAACAUUCCCAUCUUGAUUGAUGUUGGAGUAGGAACAAAUUUGACCCAAGCAUCUUCCAAAAGUAAUCUUAAAAAGGAGCAUGAUUUUGAUAGUUUUGAUGGUGUCUCAAAUUCAGUACCAAGUCUUCAGACAAGUGAGUUGAGGGGACAAAAUGAUGUGAAGUCUCUGAAGAUACCAUUUCUCCAACAAAUUGGAAGAACAUCAUCAGCAGCAAACAAGUCUAACAAUGUUCUUAAGAAGACCAGCUUUGAGGCCCCCAGAAAGUUACCACAUUAUGGUUGUCCACCUGUUUCAGACACACAACCAGUUAAAAAGAAAAGAGGGAGAAAAAAGAAAAUAAUCUGUGAUUCAGUACAGGAAACAAAUAAACCAAAAUCUACUAAUAGUUUGUUGACAGAACGUAAGGAUAUAAUUUCAGGAAGGAGGAAAAGGAGAGAAAAACGGGAUGCAGAUUUUGAGUAUGAUCUUGAGAGUGAGGAGGAAGUUCAUGUUAAGCUGGAAAUGAGUGAUGAUGAUGAUGAUGAUGAUGAUGAUGUUAAGGAUCAUGAUUGGAAAAUUGAUAAUAGAGAAGUACCUGUAACUGAUGAUGAAUUUGUAGAAGAUAAAGGGUUAAAGAUUAAUUGGAAUGAUAAUCAAGAUAUAAAAAAUAUAAUUCCUACUGGUAUGUCACAAAUUAAAGAGGAAUGUACAGAAGAGGAUGUAGACUAUAAGAGUUUAAUUGAUGCUGUUGUUCAGGAUUGUGUUGACAGCAGUGAUAACUAUGACGAGGGGGAGGAGGAUUCAGAGGAAGGGACGUGUGAUAACCUCUCUGAUGGCAAUGCAGCUCUUUCAGGUGGGAAUAAAGUCCGUAAAAUUGGUAUAAGUGAUUUAGCUCCAGAGACUGAUUACAAGAUACCUAAGCACAUUAAAAAGUCUUCAGAUAAAGCAAGAGAAAAGUAUCAUCAGGAAAAGGUUGUAAAGGAAGAUGGGAAAGUGAUGUACAAGUGUUUAAAAUGCAGUGAACAAUUUGAUCUGCGCAUACAGCUUAAGGAGCAUAGAAAAGUGCAUACAACAAAGGUGAGGAUUUAUGAAUGCAGUCACUGUGAUAAAGUAUUUACAGAAGCUCGUAAGUACUAUUCCCACUUGGGCUUUCACGAUCGCCUUUUUGAGUGUCGUUCGUGUGGACGGAGAUUCUCCCUACUUGGAAAUUUAAAGAAACAUCUUAGCAUUCACCAAGGUGCCCCAGACCAGGUUUGUGAAGUGUGUGGCAACCAGUUCUUAACUCCUGAACAGCUCAAGGUGCACCAUCAAACACAGCACAAUGAUGAUAAUAUUCGCUCUUACAAGAUUGAAUGUGUACAUUGUGGCAAAAAAUAUGUAAGAGAAGAAGCCUAUAACCAGCAUAUAAGUAAAGCUCCAUAUAACUGUUCAUUAUGUGAUGCUUCUUUAGGUUGUGAGUUUAAACUAAAAAUUCAUGUAAGGUACCAACAUGGUCAAUGUGUUUGUGAGUUUUGUGGAAGAUCAUUUAAAAAGAAUUCACUUAUACACCAUAUUAAAGUAGUUCACAAGGAAGCUUGUGUUCAGUGUCCUCACUGCCCCAAGAAAUUUGCCUAUCGUUCAAAAAUGUUAUCGCAUGUUGAUUCCAGCCACACAGUUGAAAAGAAAUACAAGUGCAAUCAAUGUAACUAUGCCGCACGAACUGUUAAUACGUUGAACCUCCAUCGACGUAGAUAUCACUUGGAUCCCAAUAAAAUUCGGCGUUAUGGUUGUAAAAUAUGUGGACGUAAAUUUUUUCUUCCUUCUAAGCUUACCCUCCAUUAUCGCACUCACACAGGAGAGAAACCAUUCAAGUGUCAGAGUUGUGGCAAAGCAUUUGCUUCAAAAUAUAAUAUGACAGAACAUGAAAAGUGUGUACAUGGUGAGCAAAUACAGCUGAAACAUCCAGAUGGCAGCACUACAGUACAGAUAGUGAAGCACCGUCGUGCUCCACGUGCUCCAGGCCGCCGUUGUCACUUGUGUGGUGUUGACUUACCAUCUUCUGCUGCUGUUCUUAAGCAUAUGAGAGAAGAACAUGAUGCUCAUGCAUUACCAGAUGACUCAUUAGAUCCUAGUAAAGACAACAUUAAAAUGGAGUCAUCUCAUGAUACUGAACCACAAAGAGAUAAGUAUCAAGUGACAAGUGAGCAGUAUGAGGUGAUAGAAAGUAGUGACCAAUCUCUAAUACUAACGGCUUCAUCUGGAUUGGUAAGCAUCCAUGCAGAUUCCAUUCCUGAAUAUGCUACACAUGUAGAGAUUGAUGGUGUGGAAUAUCAGGUUGUUCGGCAGUGAAAGGUACUGUAUAUAAAACUUACUGGUAUAUAUACAGGUAUACAGGUACUGUAUAUGUUAAAGGAGAAUGUGCAUAAUUUUCCCUCAAUAAAUGUUAUUGUUUUGGAAUUGCUGUUGAGCUAAUUAACCAUUUUGCUGGCCACUUGUGCAGUCCAAAUCUCGCCUGUAGACAUGCCGAUGACGCUGUCUGCAUCAUCCAAAAUAUAUAGAUUUUUUCAUUUAAUUUAUUUUACAUUUAUUUACGGGUAAAAUUAUGCAAAUUGUUUCUUCCUCUUUUCAUUGAGUUAAAAAGAUAAAGUAUCUGACUAAGUGAUAAAAGAACAAAAUACUGUAGUUGUAUAAAUGAUAUGGAAUGGCUGGAAAUGAGUGUGGAAAGAUAAUAUCUUAUGCACCGGAUCCCCGCGUGAGUGGUCUGACCAUUGUGAACACUCGGCGUCAAGAGAGACAUUUUGCUCCCCAUGGCCUGUGUAGUGACGCAAAUAGUGUUAUGUUCCUGGACCCUGUUUGUAAGGCUUUUGACACCCCAUGAAAGGUUGAUAAUUAAACUGGAAUAAUAAAAAUAAAGGGGGGGGGGGUGGAUUUUAGUUACAACCCUGCCCAUACAAAACAUUUUUAUCCCAUAUAUAACAAAUAAUGAAAAUCCUGUAAAUAAAGUGAUGUUAAACAAUAUUAAGUGAUGAAAGAUGCAAAAAACAGGAUUUUCAUUUCAGAUUUUUUUGAUGAAUAGUAUAUUGUACAGUACAGUGAACCCUCACUUUACGCGGUCAAUUGAACCCACGGCGGCCCGUGUAAAGUGAGAAACGCGUAAAGUGAACAACAUAACA